UCUGGUCAUGGCUCGCACGAAGCAGACGGCCCGCAAGUCGACCGGCGGCAAGGCCCCGCGCAAGCAGCUGGCCACCAAGGCGGCCCGCAAGAGCGCGCCGGCCACCGGCGGCGUCAAGAAGCCGCACCGCUACCGGCCCGGCACGGUGGCCCUGCGCGAGAUCCGGCGCUACCAGAAGUCCACCGAGCUGCUGAUCCGCAAGCUGCCGUUCCAGCGGCUGGUGCGCGAGAUCGCGCAGGACUUCAAGACCGACCUGCGCUUCCAGAGCUCGGCCGUCAUGGCCCUGCAGGAGGCGUGCGAGGCCUACCUGGUGGGGCUCUUCGAGGACACCAACCUGUGCGCCAUCCACGCCAAGCGCGUCACCAUCAUGCCCAAGGACAUCCAGCUGGCGCGCCGCAUCCGCGGGGAGAGAACACAAGAUAGCUCCCACUCAGCCAUAGGCAUGUCUGGCCGCGGCAAGGGCGGGAAGGGCCUGGGCAAGGGCGGCGCCAAGCGCCACCGCAAGGUGCUGCGCGACAACAUCCAGGGCAUCACCAAGCCCGCCAUCCGGCGGCUGGCCCGGCGCGGCGGCGUCAAGCGCAUCUCCGGCCUCAUCUACGAGGAGACCCGCGGGGUGCUCAAGGUGUUCCUGGAGAACGUGAUCCGGGACGCCGUCACCUACACGGAGCACGCCAAGCGCAAGACGGUCACGGCCAUGGACGUGGUCUACGCGCUCAAGCGCCAGGGCCGCACCCUCUACGGCUUCGGGGCUUUAAGUUGUUACCUCUACUUGGCGAUGGCUCGCACGAAGCAGACGGCCCGCAAGUCGACCGGCGGCAAGGCCCCGCGCAAGCAGCUGGCCACCAAGGCGGCCCGCAAGAGCGCGCCGGCCACCGGCGGCGUCAAGAAGCCGCACCGCUACCGGCCCGGCACGGUGGCCCUGCGCGAGAUCCGGCGCUACCAGAAGUCCACCGAGCUGCUGAUCCGCAAGCUGCCGUUCCAGCGGCUGGUGCGCGAGAUCGCGCAGGACUUCAAGACCGACCUGCGCUUCCAGAGCUCGGCCGUCAUGGCCCUGCAGGAGGCGUGCGAGGCCUACCUGGUGGGGCUCUUCGAGGACACCAACCUGUGCGCCAUCCACGCCAAGCGCGUCACCAUCAUGCCCAAGGACAUCCAGCUGGCGCGCCGCAUCCGCGGGGAGAGGGCGUAAGCUUCCUAGCGUACUCCGUAUACGCUACCCCCAAAGGCUCUUUUCAGAGCCCCUCCAUUGUCCUCGGAAAGAGCUGUUAACCUUGGAGUAUGUUACUACAGUCCUAUGAGAAAGAACUCGGGGAUGUUUCGAGGAAGGUCUUGUGUGCUCAAUAGUAAAUUGAGGACUGGAGAAGGUGGCUAUGUUCAGUAAAACUGUUCCACAGGCAGACCCUGCUGAAAAAUGCGCGCAGGAAGGAGCUGUUCCUGGAUAAGCAUUUUUAAAAUGACCCAACCAUUUUAGAAAUUAAACCUUCUAGACUACAGGAAGUGACAGAAAAAGGACGCUCAAGUUUUAGGAAAGUUGAGCUCAAGUUCCUAUGGAUUGUGUAAAUGGCAAGUACAGUUUAUCUUUGCCAAAUGAUCCCCCCAAUGCUUUUGCUUCAGAAACGUGCCUUUUAUUUGCUUUCCUGUGAUGUGAAGGAA